AUGUUUAGGAUUAACUGGCCUUGAGAUAGUGAAUGACGUCAAAACACUGCAAACAAGAGUUUUCGCGUCUCUGUCUUAUCCUCUUCCUCUUUUCCACAUCCUCUCAGCUGAAGCAGAACUUUAGUGACUCGGACUCCAUGGACAUGAAGGUGGUGCUGAUCACGGGCUGCUCCUCAGGAAUCGGUCUCAGUCUGGCUGUCCGGCUAGCCUCUGACCCCAACAAAAAAUUCAAAGUCUAUGCCACAAUGAGAAAUCUGACCAAGAAGGAGCGUCUUUUAGACUGUGUGAAGGGCCUGCACAGAGAUACCCUGGAGAUUGUCCAAAUGGAUGUGACCUGCCAGCAGUCCAUCCUGGAUGCGAGGGACGGGGUUGUGGAAAAGCGAGUGGACAUUCUGGUAUGCAAUGCUGGUGUGGGUUUGAUGGGGCCGCUGGAGGUGCAAUCCUUGGACUCGAUGAGGCAGAUUCUGGAGGUCAACCUUCUUGGUACCAUCCAGACCAUCCAGGCUUUUCUGCCAGACAUGAAGGCUCAGGGCGAGGGUCGCAUUCUGGUCACAGGCAGCACUGGAGGGCUUCACGGGCUCCCUUUUAAUGAGGUGUACUGUGCCAGUAAAUUUGCAAUAGAGGGAGCAUGUGAGAGUUUGGCUGUCCUCCUGCAACACUUCAAUAUCCAUGUGAGUCUCAUUGAGUGUGGUCCAGUCAACACCGACUUCCUGGUUAACCUGCAGAAGGCAGAGCUCGGGGACGCGUCUCUCCAGCACGUUGAUACCCACACACUCAGCCUCUAUGAAAAAUACCUGCAGCACUGUGACUCUGUUUUCCAAAAUGCAGCACAGGACACUGAGGACAUUGUUAAGGUAUUUCUGGAUGCCAUCCAGUCACCCAGUCCUGCAUUCAGAUACUUCAGCAGCGGCGUCAUGCCACCUCUCACCAAACUGAAGAUAUCCGAACCAGAUGGCUUGCAGUACAUCAGUUCUAUGAGCAAAAUUGUUUUCUCAACUGAAGAUCAGUAAUAAUUUUGCACAUGUCUUGUUCUUAACUUCAUGUGCAGACUUUCCUUUCCUGUAGUUUAUGUGCAGAGGUUAAUAUUUUGUUCCUUCAUUGUUGAUUUCUGACAAAAAGUCCAUGCACUCUGACUCACUGGGGUUGCUCAACUGGAAGGGUCAGUAAGUUCAGAGAUUUGUGGGUAGAGUUCACAGCAGGGAGCAACUCGGCGGUUCUAUUUUUGUAUGUCACUUGUCAAAAGUUAUAUUCCUGGUCACAGUAUAAAAACAUGUGUAAAAAUAGACUUUACCUGGUUGGUGGAGAAAUAUUUGAUAGAGAUUAUGUUUUUAGUGAUGCAAUAGCUUUUACGUUCCUGUCUUUUUUUAGAGUUCUUACCACAGUGAUUAGUAUAUUUUCUCUGGGACAGGCAGACAGGUUUUUACCACACUGUUAAAGGGAAAACAAUCUAAGAACUUUCUAGGGUCGCUAUUCAAAGCGAACAGAAAAGAUUUCUCCACUGACCGUUGAUUUGAUACCAUUUCUUGUGAAUAAAUUAUAUUGGCAUUUAAAU